ACUACGUCGCUGCCGCGCACACGCACCUGCCUCCCGCCGCAGCAGAGGAUCGUACCAGCAGAACGAUGAAGCUCGUAUGGCCAGCGGCGGUCCUUUUGACCUGUCGAAAUGCGGCCGCCUUCGUCGGUUACGCUGGGAAAGCGACGUCUAGGCCGCAUCAACAGCGGCAGCAGCAGCGGACACAUGAUACAUGUACAAGUAGUGUGCGCGGAACAAGAUGUCGACACCUCUCUUGCCCAGCGCAGCCGUGGAUGUCGAUGUCCGCGGCUGGUCGCGAGAACGACGCUGAAGCGGGAGAUGGCAGCAAUGGGACCGAGGAAGAAGCCGCCCGGAAGGAUGGCAGCAAUGCUGCCGAUGGGGCCGAUGCGGGUGCUGCUGUUGUUGAAGCCUCUGCUGCUGACGGGGCGAUAGACGACGGUGUACAAAGUGGGCAGGGUGCAGCAGCAGAGGAGGACAAGGGACCAGUAAAGAAGAAAGAGGCAGAAGGUGAGGAAGAGGACAAGGAGGGAGAUACCGUUUUCUUGCCGACAGGAGACAACAAAGACUUUCGACUGUUUCGGGCGAAGCUGAGGGCCGGGUCUGACGAGAAGUGGAAAGAGCAGCUCCGAAGAAACGUUAACGUUGGGCAGCUCGCGGGGCAGGACGCCUGGGCGCACGAGCUGAGCGCCCCCGAAAAGGGCUGCCUGAUCGUUGCCAAGAGCACCCAGUUCAGCAUGGCUCAAACGUACUUCAACGAGGCUGUGAUUUUCUUGGCGAGCUACGACGAGGCCGGGUCGGCGGGGUUCAUCCUCAACAGACCAACGUCCGUGCAGCUGGGAGACUUGGUCGAGGGCAACGCGCUGCGGCAGUUCCAAAAAACGCCCCUUUACCUAGGGGGCGACGUCGGGGAAGGAAACGUUCAGAUUUUGCACCCAUUCGGGCCGGAGAAGCUCACCGACAGCAUGGAAAUCAUCCCGGGCGUCUACAUUGGCGGUGCAGUUGACGAGGCUGACCGCAUGGUGGCAUCUGGAAGAGCCAAGGUAGACGACUUCAAGUUCAUGCUGCACCUGUGCGGCUGGGCGCCGGGGCAGCUAGAGGACGAGAUUCAAAGAGGCGUGUGGAUGCCCGUAGCGACGUCGACCAACGUGAUAUUGAAGCACUGCCUAUCGCUGCCGGUUCCGAUGUGGAGAGAGGUCAUGACCCUUAUGGGCCCCAAAUACGGCCUGCUCGCGAGAGACACGUACGACGACCUUUGAUGCUACUCCUAUUCGUUGAGACGGGAUAUUUCCUGUCGAAGGUCACUUGGCAAGACUCGGAACAAGUGUAACCACCUUUUUCGGAACCUGGGUGUGGCGGCGUUGCGGUCCGCUUUGCAUGUA